AUGGCCCUAAAGACUCCGUUCAAAUUCGAGGAAUUCUACGAAGCAUUUGGCAAGUCUGUGUCGUCUGAUGUCAUCUUUGAAGACGGUCAAAUUCACAUUGUACCCCGCAACAAGGAUCCAUCAACCGAGGGCACCAACACCAGCCAGAAGUCUGCACAGUUUGAUCCUGGUAGUCCCCUCCAAAAGCAUGCAAAAGGGAGAUUGUUGGAUAGCGCUGACAGACGCCGCCUGCCCUGGUCCAUUCGAGCUUUGUUGGAGGCACAAGAACCUGACGGAAGCUGGAUCUACUCAAACAACUUUGAGUACAUUAUCAAUGGCACUGCCCCACCUCCAACAGAAGGGAUUUCCGGCAAACUGUGGGCCACAGCGAUCGCCAUCACGGUUUGGCGCCAGUUUCCAGAGUUCUUCGAGCUACUCGAAACGAACUAUGAGAAGGCUAUGCUUCACGCUGAUGAAAAUGUCCUCCGCAUCGUGCGAUCCGUGUUGCAGUUCGAUGCACUAGACCAGAUCCGUCCUUACAAAAGCGACGAGGCUCGCGCCAUCCGCGAGCAAUUAGCCCGCGAGGCUGCAGCGAAGCGUGAACUGGAGCUCGGCGAGGAGCUCAAGAUCACCCGCAUGCGAGAAGAAGAGGCUCGAAUCAACAAGCUGAGUUUGGCUCAUGCUCGGCGACUGCCGAUGUCCACGCAGCAGUUAUUUGUCUCCGAACUCGGCAAUGAAAUCACCAACGUCUUCGUGUCUGUACCUCCAGUGUUGACGAACGAACGAGAGCCUCAACGUUCCAACUUCAAGGUUGGCCAGCUCGUUGAAUGCUGCCGUCGCCGCCGCACGAAUGGUUCUGUGCUGGCGACAAUACCUCGGUGGCAUCUUUGUCGUAUCGCUGCCAUUGACGACAAUAGUCACUUGCUGCAGUUAGACUUCCUUGAUCGUGACUGUGAGCGUGAACGGAGGGUUCCUGUGAAGUUUGUACGUGCUACUGUUGCGGGCGGUAAAGAGGCUCGAACAACUGAGUUUGAAGCUUUAAAAAGUUCUUGGGUUGAACCGAUCGCUUGCAAAGCCGAGAUCGCGCGACUAGAAGAAGCCCGUGUGAUCGCAUUGAAGCCGCAGCCUUGGGAUAAUCGACACCAUCUCAAAUUACAAGGCUCAACAAGUGACGAAAUCGAGAAGCCAACACACCGCAUAGCCGUCAGGCCGGAAUGUCAUCAUCGUCCUCGAUCGUCAACCCGACGGCCGCGAUCUCGGGGAGAUUCAAUGGAGAACGCUAGCGCUUCUAUCGACACACUUUUUCACGCUGCGGCAGUUGUGUUAUUACAAUACGAUCGCGCCUACGAGAGGGUGCAAAAGGCCGCCCAGACUGGAGCGAAGCGAUAUGCCACGGCAGUACUGUAUCGAGAGCGCUUCAGCGCCUUCGAUGAGCUGACCGAUGCCCUCGUGACACUCGUGGAGAGAACUGUAGACAUGCUCGAGACCGUUUGGAGGUGGCGCCAGAGUCCAGCGGCUGGUAGCGACGCUACUUUUGUCUGGAAGGGCGGUGACUUCAUUACCACGGUACGUACGUUAAUAGACCACACGUUGGAAUUAAGGUGA